CUCUGUCUUUCUCCCUCCCUCCCUCCGUCCCUGCCAGCCUGCCUGCCUCACUCUCUCAGCAUCAGCAGACCAGCUCAGAUUGUACUGAGAGCACCACAGCAGCGGGCAGGUUAUCGGGCGACCGGACUGAGGAUACUAUCCACCGGACUCAGAGAAUCCCCACCAGCAAACUGGACAACUGUUGAAAUCAUUUUCAACUAAAUCACUUAUACGAAGAGCUCUUCAUACUUUCUUAAACUCUGGAAUUUAAUACAAUAAACAAUGGGAGGAGCGGUGCGUUUAAAACUGAAGACUUUAUUGUUUCUACUUGUUUGUAAAGCCUCUCUUGCGCUCUACUUCCCCCAGAUGGAGUACUCGGAGAGCGUGUUUGUGGAGCAGCCGGCAGGCCCCCUGCUGCAGAUUCACGCUCUGAAAGAGGAGGAGAAUGAGACGGCUCGAUUCUCCCUUUUCAAGAGCUACCCCUGGUUCCAGAUCGAUGAGAGCACCGGAAUGCUGUCCCUCAACAGGAGCCUGGACAGGAAGGACUUUGCUCUGCUGACGAACGGGGAACCCCUGAAGCUGAAGAAGCUCUUCCUACAAGUUGCCGCCCUCUCCAGUGAAGACCACAAGCACUAUGUGAGGGUGUCCCUGACUCUGAUCAACGCCACAGCGCCCCCUUGCAGUGAGGUGAAGCCCAGGCAAUUGUGUUUCCGUGAGGAGGACUAUGCACCCCACAUCAAAGAGAACAAGCAACCUGGACUGUUCCGCAACCUCCGCCCCCUGCCCCUGCAGCAACGCUGCCCCCACAUCAACAUCACCUACAGAGUCGAACAAGAUCUCAGCCCUUUAGGCGACGUGUACCCGUUUGAAUUGGACCAGGACACGUCAGAGCUGGCGGUGUCUGUGCCCCUGGACCGCGAGCAGAGGGAGGAAUACAGUCUUCUGGUACGAUGCACCGUCACCACCGAGUCCAUGGUAACCCAAGUGGACCAGCCCCUACUAAUCAGCGUUCACGAUGAGGACGACAGCGCCCCCUGCCUGCGGAAUGGCUCCGACACCACAGAGGCAGUGGUGGAGUUCGACAGGAAAGAGGGUGCAGUCCUGGGCAGGUUGCUUGUUUAUGACGCUGACUCCACGCCGAUAUACCCCAGAGACCAGAGUCGCAAUAAGUACGCCGGCAUCCUGUUGACAAAAGACACGUGGAUCAAAGAAACAUUCAAAAUCGAACACACGUUCAAAGAGACCAACUUCAACCACGUGCGAGGCACCGUCCACGAGUACAAACUGGUUCUGAACAGAAGCCUGCCCACCACAGAGAGCCGCUCACUUCAGCUGCACGUUCUUGUGAACGACACAGAGUUCCAGGGGCCAGGGGGGUCCCUGGUGCUCCAUUUCAACGUGACCAUCCUGCCUGUCUCCAUCGUCUUUGCCAACACUAGCUUCAUGUUUAGAAUCCAGAACAAUGCUGCCCAGUUUGCACAGAUCGGCAGAGUCUGCGUUGAGAACUGUCUGAAAUUCCACGGGGUCAGCAUCACGUACAAGCUGGAGCCGGCCGACAAGAACCUGACAGCUGUGGCCAAGGCCUGUCACAGCGCGGUGGGCAUCGCUCCGGGCCAGGAGGGCAUCGUCGGGAUCCUCUACGUCAACGACCCCAAAACCCUGAGGAGACACAAGUGCCUGGAGCUGCAGUACACCGUCACAGCUGUGAACAAACUGAACACCAAGCGUGCCCGGACUCUGCUGACCAUCACACCGGAGAGCACAGGCAGCGCUCCACCGCUGACCUCUGGUGGCCGUGCUCUGGAGGAGGACUGCCCCCUGUCCUGUGCUGAGAAUCGGCUGCGUUCAGACUGUGAGGUCUGCGGGGGUAUGGGGGCGACGGACGGGAGGUGCCAGUGGAGACAAGGCAGCGGGAACGCACUGACCACAAACUACUCGACCUGCUCGCCCACUCUCCAGACCUGCCCAGAUGGUCAAUGCGAUGUGGUUGAGAACAUGAACCCAGCCAUCUGUCCACAGGACUGCACGAAGUUGGAUGUUAUUGGAGGGCACGAGCGAGGCUUUUUGUCUGGGAUCAAGGCUGGCUACGGGACCUGCUACUGCUUCCCGGGAAUCAAGUGCUACUGUGAGAAAGAUGACAUCAGCGAGCCCAUGUGUGACGAUGUGUGUAAGACUGUGAUCGCAGCGGCAGUGCUGCUCUCCUUCAUCAUCUCAGUGCUGCUCUCCUCCUACUUCAUCCAUCGCUACCACAAGAGUUCCCCCAAGCCCCCCAUCGCCUCGGCUGAGAUGACCUUCCGCCGGCCCGCCCAGGCCUACCCCAUCAGCUACUCUGCCAACAACGUGCGCCGGCCCUCCCUCGACUCCAUGGACAACCAAGUGGCUGUGGACAACCUCAAGAUCCCUGAGGAUCCCAAGUGGGAGUUCCCCCGGAAGAACCUGGUGCUCGGCAAAACUCUGGGAGAAGGGGAGUUUGGGAAGGUUGUCAAAGCAACGGCAUUCCGGCUGAAGGGAAAGGCAGGAUACACGACUGUAGCUGUGAAGAUGUUGAAGGAGAACGCCUCCCAAAGUGAGCUGCGAGACCUCCUGUCUGAGUUUAACCUUCUGAAGCAAGUCAACCACCCUCAUGUCAUCAAAAUGUAUGGAGCCUGCAGCCAGGAUGGCCCUCUACACCUGAUAGUGGAGUAUGCGAAGUACGGGUCCCUGCGCAAUUUCCUACGUGAGAGCCGGAAGGUGGGGCCCAGCUACCUGGGAAGCGAUGCCAACCGCAACUCCAGCUACCUGGAGAACCCGGACGAGCGAGCCCUGACCAUGGGGGACCUUAUCUCCUUCUCCUGGCAGAUAUCCCGGGGCAUGCAGUACCUGGCAGACAUGAAGGUGGUUCAUCGGGACCUGGCUGCUCGCAAUGUCCUGGUGGCUGAGGGAAGGAAGAUGAAGAUUUCGGAUUUUGGGCUCUCGAGGGACGUCUAUGAGGAAGACUCGUAUGUGAAGAGGAGCAAGGGUCGAAUACCUGUGAAGUGGAUGGCGAUUGAGUCUUUGUUUGAUCAUAUCUACACCACGCAGAGUGAUGUGUGGUCUUUUGGGGUCCUCCUUUGGGAGACUGUGACGCUGGGUGGAAACCCAUACCCUGGCAUCGCCCCAGAGCGACUCUUCAACCUGCUGAAGACGGGGUACAGGAUGGAGAAACCGGAGAACUGCAGCGAGGAGAUGUACAAUCUGAUGCUGCGCUGCUGGAAGCAGGAGCCAGACAAGCGGCCGCCCUUCUCUGACGUCAGCAAAGAGCUGGAGAAGAUGAUGGUGAAGAGCAGAGACUAUCUGGACCUCGCUGCCUCCACCCCUGCAGACUCCCUGCUCUACGACGACGCCCUGUCUGAAGAGGACACGCCCCUGGUGGACUGUAAUAACACCCCCCUUGCCCGCACCCUUCCCUCCACCUGGAUUGAGAACAAGCUCUAUGGCAUGUCUUACCCGAACUGGCCAGAGAAGAGCCCCGUGCUGCUCACAAGACUCGAUGGCACUAACCCUGUCUUUACAAGAUAUGCAAAUGAUAGUGUAUAUGCAAACUGGAUGGUUUCACCCUCAACGGCAAAGUUUAUGGACAAGUUUGAUAGUUAAAAAACGUAAUGACAGUAUAAACAUAAAUAUAUACUGUAUAAAGUUUAGUCCAGUAAAAGCCUCCUAUGUGACCAGUACAUAGCCCCCCCCUCUCUAUCUCUCUCUCGCUCCCUCCUUCUUUGUCUCUCUCUCCCCUCCCCUCUCUCACUCCCCCUCUUGCUCUCCUUUCCUCCCUCUUUCUCUCUCUCGCCUCUCCUCCCUCUCUCACUCCCUCUCUCUCCCCCACCCUCUCUCUUCCUCCCUCCCUCCCUCCCAUAUAUACAUGCAGUAUAUAGAUAUGUACUUCAGUUUAAUGAAUGAAAAGGAUGUAAGGGUCCAGUUAAUGGGAUCUGGAUCCACUAUUUGUGUGUACUGCGCAAGUGUCUCACCCAACGUGCAUUCUAGACAGCAAAAUCUAUGCACUGGCAAAAGCUCUACUUUAAAAAGGGUGCUAUUAAACAGACUGUUAUCAAGUUGAAGAGGAGGAUGUGCUUAAUUAGCACCAUUGAUUUCAUCAAGACAAUCUGAGCAUAUGCUCUUCUGCAAAAUACAUGCCAGCUAAGUUAUUUUGUGUAGAAUAGACCUCUUAUUUAUAAGUACAGUUUAUGUAUAUUUGAAACUAGUAUUAAUUAUUUUUUUAUCUAAGGCAUCUAUUAGUUGCUAUUCAUUAUCCAUACCAAUCUGAAGCUGAAUGGAUAGCUCUCAUAUUAAUGUGCAUGCUCUACAUUUGCUUCUGCCAUGCUUUACAUCCUGUGGCUGAGAUUUAUCCUGCUGUUUGCUUGUGCUACCCGUUUCCAUACUUUACUGUGGCAGCAAUUAAUUUUUAAAGGGAUGCACAGACAGUAUUCAGCAAUGAUUUUUUUGUUUGUUUUUGUGGAUUUUAUAUAUGUAUAUGGCUUUACUUGUCAAUCGCUAACACGUCCUCCUAUAUGAAUAUGAAAAUAAAAUUACGAUGAUAUUAACAGGCUGCCUGAUCAGUUUUAGCUGCUCAGAGCACUGAACCCAAUUAUACAGGCACGCACAGUACAAAGCAUCCCACUUCUCCCUUCACACUGAAAGAAGGAUUUUGCUGUCUAGAAAAAGGUUGGUUCAAGCUGAAGUUCAAGUGGGGUCUGUUUUAACCAUACUGUAUCUCAACCCUUCACUGUAUUUGUAUUAUAUUUCGUGAAGUUAAAAAGGGGCUUUAAACCAGUAGGAUUGAUAUAGAGUGAUGUGGUGGCAGUAUUUUCCACCCUUGUUUAGAUCAUUAAGAUUAAUACAAAUGUACAACUUCUACUUUCUGUAAAAAAAAAAAAAAAAAAAUGAAAUGUACUUAAACAUAAUGUGUUGUUUCUCGUGACAUGAUGGGGGAUUCUGCACCUGUAGCAGUGACAAUGAUUUUGCAGAGCUGCUUCUCAUUUCUUUAAGAGCAACGAGGCCAAGAUAGUCUCUCCCUCUGGUGACGACACACAGUGCUAGGCACUAUUAAUCAUCAUAGGAAUGCAAUAACCAUGUGUCCAGCUCUUAAUGAAAGAUGCAUUUAGUUCAUAAAUAGCACCUCUUGCAAAUUGCAGCAAACUAGUGCAUAUAAAUGCACGACUGCAGAGCAUGAUUCUACACAGGCACUACACACACGACUGCGGAGCAUGAUUCUACACAGGCGCUACACACACACGACUGCGGAGCAUGAUUCUACACAGGCGCUACACAUGACCACAGGCAUGAUUCUACACAGGCAUGACACGCAACUGCAGAGCAUGAUUCUACACAGGCAUGACACGCGAGCAUGAUUCUACACAGGCGUUACACACAACUGCAGAGCAUGAUUCUGCACAGGCGUUACACAUGAGCAUGAGUCUACACAAGUGCUACACACGACUGCAGAGCAUGAUUCUACCACAGGCGUUACAGACCCUUGGCAUUUCACUUUUUGCUCAUUGAGGCCAUUUUAGCUGCUGGACACACAGCUCAUUGCAUUCCAGAAACUCGUUCUAUAAAGAAAUGCAGAGAUGGAACCUCAGGAAGUAAUUUACAGGAAGUCUCAUCAUCUGUUGGUAUGAUAAUGUCCUGCAGUGACACUAAGUACUUAGUACUGGUUUAUUAGCAUUAUACCACACAGUGAGGGUUUUCAUAAACACGUUUCUGUUCAAUUAGAAACUUCUGCUAGCAUUCCCAUCCCUAAUCAUUCUGCACCUUUCUUUACUCCUGCUGGCAGAGCUGUAACUUUAGAUAUUUCUCAAAACAUUGCAUGAUAGACACUUAGGCUUGGGCAGUAACAUGUCUACUGUAUAAUUCAAUAAUAAAACACAGCACCCUGAAGCAAUAGGUUCUCUGCUGUACAAUAACCCAAGUCUAAGUGAAUAUUGAUCCUUAGUUCACAAUAUAAGAAACAAACUAAACUUUUGGAGAAUUAUCCAGACAUUUGUAUAGUUUUAUUUCAGAAGUUUUUCUAAAGUGCUGAUAGGAAGAGGUGCUUGAAUACAGCACCUUUAAUGCACAUCAUCCUGUUGUAUGUUUCACAUUUUAAAAUACAUUAUUUUAUUAUUCUUAUUUUGAUUUCAAAAGAAAGAAUGUUUUGGGAGUUACCGGUGAAUUUGAUAAGGUUUGGUGAUUUGGUUCUGAAAUACUGUGUAGGCAACAUAGGGUUAAAUGUGAAGUACCUAUUAAACUGGACACAUGAACAGAUACUUGCAGUACUGCUCAGCCAUCACUUAAACAGGAAAUACAGUACUACUAAUGGGUGUGUUUAUGAGCAUGCUGAUACAUAUUUUAAUAGAACUGCAAUUAUGUAGAGUUUCUAAAGAUUUACACCCCAUGCAGUAAACUGGUACAUAAUAACCAUGCCAAAAAUAAUUCCUCAAAACUUUAUUUAACAAAUAGCACCAUUCAAUAUAAUGACAGCAUAUGAAUUCUCCCUCAUUUAAUUGCUAUGCCUAAGGCCUCACAAACACUAUGUAACCCUGCUUCUGAUUAUGCUUCACUGACAAUAGAACAUUAUGAACGAGAAGCAAACACAUCCAUACAAGCAGAUAGCAUACAGCAAACAGCAAACACAUCCAUACAAGCAGAUAGCAUACAGCAAACAGCAAACACAUCCAUACAAGCAGAUAAUAUACAGCAAACAGCAAACACAUCCAUGCAAGCAGAUAACAUACAGCAAACA